UUGUUCUAUUUGUUUGGAAGAAAUUCGAGUUGAAGAAUGGGGUGUUGACGUUGCAUUGAUACAGGACCCCAAAAUAAUUCCAAGCUCAUUGACUUACAUUAUUGAUUAUGAAAUUACAGCUGUAAAAUUUCCUAAAAGUAUUCAACCGCUGAUUUAUUCUGGUAUUCAGAACAAAGCGAGAGGAAUUCCUUUUGAAA